AUGGGGGAAUUCAAAGUCGGGUCGAAGCUGAAGGAACAAAUCGUGUGCAACAUGCAACCCCUAAUUAUGUGCUUGCAUAAGUAUGAUGACGACAUAAGCAAAUGCGUUCCAGAAGUUCAUAUUUUCGAACGAACCUGCAGCAAAAGUGUGAACUACGUGCACGAUCGGAUCGGCCUAGAUGACACAAGAAACACCCUAUACACAGGGAAAAGGGCCGUCUGA